UGAAGUUAUAGCACUGUCUAUCUGAAGAAAAGCAGGCGUAGAGGACAAACCUUCAGCACUGAUGUUAGUUGUUUUAUUUAAAAAAGAUAGAUCAAAUAUAAACCACAUUACCUGGACCUGCAGAACUAGAAUCCACAUUUUGGGGAGGAUCAGAGCACUGCUCUCUCCAACACGUCACAAACACUUUUGAGACACCAUGGACCAAGACUCAGAGUGUGCACGGGUUGUGGAUGAACACUGGGCGACAUUUGUCCAGAGAGUAAAAAUGGUGAUGCCGAUAGUGGACGAGCUGCGGUCACGUGGCAUGCUAGAGUGGGAGCCAUACUGUAAGAUCAGCACAGCAGAUACUAACCAGAAGAAAAUGAGAGAGCUUUAUGAAGUGCUGCACUCUGGUGGAGAUAAGGUUAAAUCUGCCUUUUAUUCUCAACUGGAAAGGCAGGAGCCAUGUCUGUUUAGAGACUUGGGUUUUACUGGGCAUCACACACACUUUGAAAAAACACAAACCCCAGAAAUCAGCUCAGUGAUUCUCAAAUAUAAGAAGCAGAUCUGCAGUGAAUACCAGUAUGUGACAGAGUAUAACUCACUGCCUGGUGAAUAUGUGCUGCUGUCUGAGCGCUACACACAACCUCUGAUCCUUCAGACACAUAGAGAUCAACAAGAGAGACAAGAAGAGCUCUGCUCCAGUGGAGAGAGAUUCCAGCAGGUCCUCAGCUCCAGGAACAGUCAUGAAUCUUCCUAUUUGAACUCUCUGUUCAACCCAGGUGACCACAGAAUCAGUCCCAGUGCUAUUAUACUGCAAGGAAAUUCAGGGAAUGGGAAAACUUUAACUGUGCAGAAGAUCAUGCUGGACUGGGCAUCUGAUGACCUCUACAAAGAACAGUUUGAUGUUGUGUUCCAUUUAAAGUGUAAAGAAAUAAACUGCAUUUCUGGCACAAAGAGUUUGGUAGAGAUCUUAAGCAACAGCUGCAGUUUAACAUCAGAUCAGAUCUCACAGAUAAUACAGCAUUCACCAGAGAAGGUGCUGUUCAUCAUUGAUGGAUUUGAUGAGCUGAGACUCACACAGGACAUUUAUCACAUGUCACCAAACACUGAUCCGAUUCAAAAAGCUCCACCUGAAGUCACUCUUUGUGCCCUGCUUAGGGGUCAAAUCCUGCCAGAGUCCUUCCUGCUGGUCACCACCAGAUCUACAGCUACAGACACACUGGGUAAACUGCUCAAAGGACCUCAACGUUUCACUGAGAUUAUGGGAUUCUCUGAGAUGGGGGUGGAGGAGUACUUUCAGAAGUUCUUCCAGAAUGAGGAACUCUUCAGGAAAGCCUAUGAAUAUGUUAAAGCAAAUGAAACUCUCAUCACCGCCUGCUCCAUCCCUGUCAUCUGCUGGAUCAUCUGCACAACUAUCAAGGAACGAUUUGAAGUUGGUGCAGAUGUAACAAGUGGACUGGAAACCACCACCUCCAUCUACUUUGACUUUGUGUCCACUCUACUGGAGCAUCACUGCCAGGGUUUGAGUCAGUCUGCCCCGAGCCUGCUGAGGAGUCUGGGUCAGCUGGCAGAGAGAGGGAUGCUGGAAGAACAAGUCCUGUUUGAUGAGGAAAGUGUAAAUGAAAUGGUUUCAGACCCUGCUGGCAAUCCAUUCCUGUGCAAGUUCCUCUUUAAGAGAAGAAUCAGCCAGGAGACGAUGUUCAGUUUCAUGCAUCUCAGCUUUCAGGAGUUCUUCACUGCUCUCUACUAUGUCCUUCUGGAAGAAGAAGAGUCCCAGAGGAAAGUGAGAGAGCUAUUAUCCAAGAAUUCAUCUGAAUAUUCUCCUUAUGCACAUCCUCCACGUUUUGCAGCUGUGGUGCAGUUUGCUUUUGGUCUGUUGAAUAAGGAUGUGAGACGCACACUAAGGAAAAAACAUGGUCUGGUUGUUCAUCCAAAUGCACAGACCCAUCUGAAGAAAUGGAUUUUGGAAGAAUUUCGAACUGAUUAUCCAAUUAUGGAUAGAACACUGUUUUGGCUUCACUGUCUCUAUGAACUCCAUGAAGCAGACUUUGUGAAAGAAGUUAUGGAAGCCCGGAAUAAGAUCAGUCUAAGUGAUGUAUCACUGAAAAGUAUAGACUGCUGGGCCCUGCUGUACUGCUCUCAGUGCUGUCACAGCAUGAACGAACUGUAUAUCACUGACUCCGCAUUGACAUGUAAAACGUUGUCUAUGAUUCUGCCUGCACUCCCCAAUUUUAAGAAUUUAACGUUUCAUCUUGUAGAUCUAUCAGACUCUUUCCUUGUUGAACUGAUGUGUGCUCUUGUGAGAAGACAGACCCUGAGCUCACUGAGUCUUUCUCCUGACAGCUACACUAUAGGUUGUUGGAGUUGUUCGGUCUCCUCACUUGACCUGUCACUCAGUGAAGAAAUAUGCAGUAUCUGCAUAAGCACUUUUUGUGAAGACGCUGCACCAUCUUUUCUAACAUUGAGUCUCACCUUGCCACGCUCAGUGCUAAUCAGCAUCGACUGGACCAAUAUUCAGAUACUUCACCAAAGGAAUUUAGAUGCAUUAAUGCAUUUUCUCAGUUCUUUCUCUGAACUGAAAAAGUUAAAACUGAAAAUAGGCUGUCUGACAAAGAAGUGUGCUCUUUGGACCCUUCAGAUCAUCCAGAACCUCCCCAGUGUAACAGAACUCUUGGUAGAUGCUGACUUUUUACUGGAGGAGGUAAUCAAGGUGUUGCAGAGGUCCUACACAAGACCAGCCUGUAUUAUGGGAGUUCACGGGUUUAUAUGCAAUAAACAGUCUCAAAAAUGCACAAACCAUAAUGACUGGCAUCGGAGAUGCAACCAGAAAGUGACGGUUCAUCUGAAUUCCCAGGGCUUUUCUAUGGAGAAUGAGCGAACGCCCUUGUUUUGGGACUAAUGGUACAGCUUGGUAAAUGGUAGAAAACUGCAAAAGCAGCAUCGUUACCUAGAGCUGAGGAUUGGAAUGAAGACAGCAACUAAAUCAAUCUAAA